CAGUAGAGCCGCUCACUCUGCACUGUUCUCUCGCUCGCUCUCUGAACGGAACCAACUUAGUAGUCUAGAUUUUACAAGUAACCAAACCAAAUUAAAUGUGCUUUUACAUCAACAAACGCUGGACGCGCAAUAAGUGAGGUGUUAAUUAUGCGCCGCAGUAGUAGCCAGCAGUGAAAUAAUGAUGCACUCCGCCUGAGUUCGGCAGCACAAUUAUUUGGAUUGGAUAAAUCGCAAAAUUGGAACGAAUAAAAAACAAGCAGAAGAACAUCGAACGGAAAAAAGAAAGCGCGAUGUGCGACGGUGAAAUUGGCGAUCCGGUGACUCAGCCACGUUCGGAGGGCGGUGGAUUGGUCAAGUCGGAUAAGGAGUCCAAGUCUCCCUUCUUUGAUCCGGCUGAGAAGCACCUAACCAAUGGAUCACCUGAACCGGAGCCUGUGGACCCCCUUAUGGUAGCCCAGUGGACCACGGAGGAUGUUACCAAUUGGGCUACCUAUACAGAGCACUUUUCAAGGAUUCUGUUAGACUGCUUGCGCCAGGAGGCCAUCGAUGGCGAAGUCCUGCUCUCCCUCACCGAGGAAGAUGUCCGGGAUAUGCGAUACCGCUUGGGCUACAAACUAACAUUUGGGGAGCUGAAAAAAUUUUGGCACGCAGUUCUCAAGCUACAGCUCCUGGUUAAAAACAGUUCCGCGGACUCAGUAAUGCUGGGCAUCGAGAGUCAUGGCGGAAACUCGGUAUAUAUGCCUCUGCCGAAUACCGUCGGAGGUCCACCUUCCACAUCCACAUGCCCCUGUCCACAGGUCGAGUGUCCCAGCUAUGUGUCCGAUUGUGAUACUUAUUUGCGCAUGGGCGGACGCUAUGUUCCGCCGGAAUACUUCAAAACCGCCAUGAGCUUAGGCUACUCGUUCGUGGUUACCUGGAUAACUUCCCUGACGAUGGUUAUAGUGCAUGAAAGAGUUCCAGAUAUGAAGCGCUAUCCACCGCUGCCGGACAUCUUCCUGGACAACGUGCCGCAUAUUCCGUGGGCGUUCAACAUGUGUGAAAUCACCGGAUCUCUGCUGUUCACAAUCUGGGUCAUAGUGCUAAUCUUCCACAAGUACAGAUUGGUCCUUCUUAGGCGAUUCUUUGCUUUGGCGGGCACGGUGUUUCUGCUGCGCUGUGUUACCAUGUUGAUCACCUCAUUAAGCGUCCCUGGAACGCAUCUACAGUGCAGUCAGAAGGACUUUGCCAUUGAUGAUCCCAAUGUGGAUAUGGUGGGUGCCUUGAUCAUUCGGAUGACGCGGGCCUAUCGCAUCUGGAGCGGCCUGGGGAUGUCUAUUCAGGGCGUACGUACCUGCGGUGAUUAUAUGUUCAGUGGUCACACGGUGGCCCUAACCUUGCUCAACUUCUUCAUCACAGAAUACACCCCGCGGAAUCUGUACUUCCUGCACACGCUUACCUGGCUGCUCAACAUGUUCGGCAUAUUCUUCAUUUUAGCUGCCCACGAGCAUUACUCCAUCGAUGUCUUUGUGGCCUUUUAUAUCACCUCACGUCUGUUCCUCUAUUAUCAUACUUUGGCAAAUAAUAGGGCUCUCAUGCAAAGCGACUCCAAAAGAACGCGUGUUUGGUUUCCCAUGUUCAGCUACUUCGAGAGCAGCGUUGAUGGAAUGGUUCCCAAUGAAUAUGAUUCACUUGGCUCCUUAAUCGAUGGGAUCAUUGAUCAAAUCUUCAAGGCCAAGGACCAAUUGGCCGGAACGGUAAAGCGCUUGUGGAUGGAUCCGGCGCUGACUGCCAAUUCAUCGGUUCAUAUCUUUGCUUCCGAUUCGGAUCAAUGUCUGCACAAUGGGACGGUAGCAUCCGCUUUCUUUAGCCCUCACCAGUCGGUAGUUGGAGGCCUUGGCCGCCAUGAAAGCCUGACGCAUUUAAAUAGUGCUUGCCCCACGGAUACAACAACCGCUACUGUGGUUCCUCCGCCGUCUCCAAAAAGUUUGACUCAGACUCAGAAAAAGACGUUUAAGGACGCCUGCGUUGAUCCAUUCUCCAAAACAACGUUCGCUGCAGUCAAGGAGCACUCCAAGGUUGCGCCGCUGAAGGAAAAGAAACAACUCUGAUUCCCACAGCUAUUCGCUCUUCCAUAUCCGUUUAUCGAUGCCGUUCUUCGAAAAGCAAACAUGCAGAAAUCAACCAUACCGACUGAUAUUUUUAUUUCGAAAUUUCCAUCUUUCCCUUUACAGCUCCUUAUAGUCCUGCUCCUUGUAUUAUUGUAUGAAUUCUACCAUUCGUAGUGCCUUCCGGGUCGAAUCCCUCCCAAUCUAGAAAAAAAAAAUCGUUGUCCCCCACAGCCUUUCCUUAGUUUACGUGUGGAAUUUAAAAAUCGAAGUUUUCGUAGCCGGGAGAUGCUCCAUGUCGGCUUCUAAUUGAUAAUGAUGAUAAGAUAACCCUCCUCAUUCCGUUCAAUUAAGUUUUGAACUAAAUGUAUUUAUUAUUGAAGACUUUUAAUGCAUUAUUAUGUAAUUGUAAGCAUGAGAAACAAGCGUAUUUUUAGUUAAUUAGUGAUAAGUUUGGAAAGUUUCUGUUGAACGCACAAAAAUCAAUAAAACAAAAUGAAUAUUCUCAAAGUCUGGAGAAACCGCA